AUGGCCUCACCUCAACUCGCGACCUUCCAGAUCCCGGAUAUUCAAAAUGAGCCAAUGAAAUCUUAUGCUCCCGGUUCACCAGAACGACAUGCAUUGCAGGCUGCGAUUGACCAGAUGCAGCAGGAAUUGCCCUUUGAGGUGCCUUGUAUCAUCAAUGGAAAGCCUGUUAAAACUGGGAAGCUAGCAAAGCAACCUCUACCUCACGACCAUGCCAAUCAUCUCUGCACAUAUCAUGAAGCGGAUCCUGAGACGGUAGCAAGCGCCAUUGACGGAGCACUCGCGGCUAAAGCUGAGUGGGAGAGCAUGCCAUGGGCCGACCGUGCUGCUAUCUUCCUCAAGGCGGCCGAUCUCGUCAGUGGGAAGUACAGAUACAAGCUGAUGGCUGCUACUAUGCUUGGACAAGGAAAGAACCCAUGGCAGGCUGAGAUCGACGCUGCAGCAGAGCUGACAGAUUUCCUGCGAUUUGGAGUCAAGUAUGUGAGCGAGCUGUACGCUCAGCAGCCUCCGAAGAACUCGCCUGGUGCUUGGAACCGUAUUGAGUAUCGGGCUUUGGAAGGCUUCGUGUUUGCUGUCACUCCAUUCAACUUUACUGCUAUUGGUGGUAACCUUACCGGUGCUCCCGUCCUCGUCGGAAACGUAGUCGUCUGGAAACCUUCACCUGCUGCUACUUACUCCAACUACAUCGUGCAUCAAAUCUUCUCGGAGGCAGGUGUUCCACCUGGUGUCAUCCAGUUCGUUCCUGGUCCUCCAGCCAGAACACCUUCAUCUUCAAGAAGCUCUGGAAAGAUAUCAGCUGCUAAUCUGGAUGUGUACAAGGGCUACCCGCGGAUCGUCGGUGAGACGGGAGGCAAAAACUUCCACCUCGUCCACGAGUCGGCAGAGAUAACGAACGCUGUCUUGCAAACUAUCAGAGGCGCGUUCGAGUAUUCGGGCCAAAAAUGCUCUGCGCUGUCCCGACUUUAUGUCUCUUCAUCGGUAUGGAAGAACGGGUUCAAAGAUCUGCUACUGGAAGAAGUUGCCAAGAUCCGCGUUGGAAGCCAGCUCGAUUGGAGUAACUUCUUGGGUCCCGUCAUCGGUCGGCCUGCCUAUGACAAGAUCACAGGAUACAUCAAAAAGGCCAAGGAAGCUGGUGGUGAGAUUCUCAUCGGUGGUAGUGGCGAUGACUCCAAGGGCUAUUUCGUGCAGCCAACUGUGAUCCUAAGCAAAGACCCCACGUCCGUUACUCUCGUCGAGGAGAUAUUUGGCCCCGUCUUGACUGUCUUCGUGUUUGAGGAUGCCGACUUUGAGAAAACGCUUGAUCUCAUCGAUGAGACUACCGAAUACGGUCUCACAGGGUCCAUAUUCGCCUCUGACCGCAAAGCCCUGAUCAAAGCCGAUAACAAGCUCCGCAAUGCUGCCGGUAACGUGUACUACAACGAAAAAUGCACUGGGGCUGUUGUCGGGCAGCAGCCAUUCGGUGGUGCUCGUGCUAGUGGGACGAACGAUAAGGCGGGAAGUAUUAGUAUCUUCUAUCGCUUCAUCAGUGCAAGGAGUAUCAAGGAGAACUUCGUCGGGUUGGAAGAUUUCAAGUAUCCUUCGAACCUGGUCUAAGAAGCAAAUAAGGUGAAGUUGUAAUUGUAAGUAAAUGCUUAUAC